AGACGACAAAUUACAAAAUAUUUUUAGCAUAAAUAAUCCUGGUCAUUGGUUCAAUGCAUUUAUUUCAAAAGAUAAUUGCCUGCAACUAUAUCUGAGUACAUCAGAGCAAAUAAUAACCUAGCAAUUAGUCUUAUUAUUUAUAAAAUGGAAAAAAGAGUUGCAAUUGUUGGUGCAGGAAUAAGUGGCCUACUUGCUUGCAAAUAUGUUACACAAAUUGGUUUUAAUCCAAUUGUCUUUGAAGCUGAUGAUGGUGUUGGAGGAUUAUGGAGGCAUACUAUUGAAUCUACUAAACUUCAAAACCCAAAACAAGCAUACCAAUUUUCAGAUUUUCCAUGGGAUUCUUCUGUAAAAGAAGAUAAUCCCAAUAACCAUCAAGUGCAAGAAUAUCUUAACUCCUAUGCUCAACAUUUCUCCAUCAUUCCUUACAUAAGGUUCAAUUCAAAAGUCAUUGAUAUUGAUUAUGUUGGAGAGUCUAAUGAAGAAAUGAAGUCAUGGGAAUUAUGGAGUGGUAAUGGCUCUCCUUUUGGCUCAAAGGGAACAUGGCAUAUUACUGUGGAAGAUACUAAAGAUUUCUCAACAAAGGUACAUAAAGCAGAGUUUGUUAUUCUUUGCAUUGGGAAAUAUAGUGGUUUUCCAAACAUUCCUGAGUUCCUCCCUGGAAAAGGCCCAGAAGUUUUUAGAGGUAAGGUUAUGCAUUCUAUGGAUUACUCUGCCUUGGACAAAGAAACUGCUGCUGAAUUGAUAAAAAAUAAGAGAGUUACAGUAGUAGGCUCAGGAAAAUCUGCUCUUGAUAUAGCUGCCGAAUGUGCAAAUGCAAAUGGAACCACUCACCCUUGCACGAUUAUCCAUAGAACUUCACAUUGGUUUCUCCUGGAUUUCAACAUUUUGGGCAUUAGUCUCGGAUACUUAUAUUUCAAUCGUUUCGCAGAACUUUUAGUUCACAAGCCCGGAGAAAACUUCCUUCUUGGCCUUUUGGCCACUUUACUAUCACCAUUGAGAUGGGGAAUUUCUAAACUUGCUGAAACAUAUCUGAAAUGGAAGUUGCCACUGAAGAAGUAUGGACUAGUACCUAAUCAUAGUUUUCUUCAAGAAAUAUCUGCAUGUCAAAUUGGGAUACUUCCUGAAUCAUUUUUUGAGAAAGUAGAAGAAGGAUCCAUCAUGAUAAAGAAAUCACAAAGCUUUAGCUUCUGUAAAGAAGGUUUGAUCAUCAAUGAAGAAGCUAAGCCCUUAGAAACAGAUGUAGUUAUUCUUGCCACAGGAUAUAAAGGUGACCAAAAACUUAAAAGCAUAUUCAAAUCUCCAAUAUUCCAAAAUUACAUUGACAAUUCAAAGAUUUCUCUCUAUAGGCAUAUAAUACAUCCUCGCAUCCCACAACUGGCAAUGAUAGGAUAUGCUGAGGCAAUAUCAAAUAUUGUUUCUAAUGAAAUGAGAUGCCAAUGGAUAGCACAUUUUCUAGAUGGAAACAUUGAAUUGCCUAAUAUAAAAGAGAUGGAGAAGGAUGUUAAAUUAUGGGAAGACAACAUGAAGAAAUAUUCAAGAAAAUUUUAUUGGAGAUCAUGCAUUGUUACUUGUGGCAUAUGGUAUAAUGAUCAAUUGUGCAGAGACAUGAAAUGUAACCCGAGGAGAAAGAAGAGUCUUUUUGCAGAACUAUUUGAACCAUAUGGGCCCUCUGAUUAUAACGGUCUUGUUCGUAAAUGAACAUUUAUGUGAAAUGAUCCUUUUUGUUUAGAGGUGUGUUAUUCUCACAAUUCUCACUUCAGCAGAAUAAAUUAACUGGAGGGGUACAUGGAAGUUGCUAGAGAAAGCACAACACUCGUGAAGUAGUUAUGAGUCACUUUUUUUCGCAAUAUAUAGAUAGCUUUAUCUUUUGGUUUAUUUGUCAUUAUUUUUCAAAUGUUUGCGACUUGUUGUCUUUUUCAUUUAUAGCAAACUUUGUUUUACCCUUCUUAGUUUAUUGACUCGUCUAUGGAACUCCUUUUGUUUAUGUAAUAACAUAUUGUUUAUGGUAGGUAA